GAAAAGAGGCGGAACCCGCGCCGCCCGGAUCCCGGUGCUGUGGUUCCGUUGCGGGGUGCAGCCGGCAGUGCGGAGCCCGGGGCCUGGAGUGAUGUCGGCUGGCUGAGAUUGGAGCCGCGGUGAGGAGUUGCUGUGUCGGUGCUCUGGUGUUUGCUGGUUGGGGUUGGUGCGGGGUCAGGGAGGGACCCGGAGGGGGUCGGUAAAGCCGUGCUGCGUGCAGCCCCGGUGCCUGGAGCCGCGCGGGGUCAUUGAGCGGUGCUGUGCGAGGGGCUGCGGCCGUGAUGUUCGGUUGGGAGCCCGGCAGAUAGGAGCUCUAUUAACUGAGCCCUCGGCCGGCCCUAAUGCCCAGCUGGGUGCGUGCUUUCCUAGCCCUAGUGCCGGGUUAGGAGCCCGGAGCCCCAGCUGCUCUUAGUUCCGAGCAGCCUGCAGCCCGUGCUGCCCGCUCCUUUGCAGCCCCAGCACCGAAUCCAGGUCCCAUCGCAGAGCCCUGACUGCUAAACCCCCCAGCGCUGCGCCAUGCCGUGCCGCCGAGAGCUGCUGGCGCUGCUGGCCGUGCUGGGCUGGCUGCUGGUGCUGCUGCUGGACCUGCAGGUGCUGGCGCUGCUGUGCGGAACCGCGGCGGUGCUGGGUGGGUGGUUGGGACCCCGAGCGCUGAGCAGGCCAGGCUGGCGGCUGCGCUUGGAGCGCUUUGCUGGAUCCCUGCGGCCGGCAGCAGCCAGCCCCGAGGCGGAGGAGCAGCUGGAGCAGGAGAUCAGCAGCACCGUCAGGAAAGUGGUGAGGGACUUCGUCUCCUCCUGGUACCGCACCGUCAGCAGCGAGUGCGCCUUUGAGGCUGAGGUGGAGAAGGCCAUGAUGGGGCUGGCAGCCGAGCUGAGGCGGCGGAUGGCGCGGGUUGACCGCCAGGCCCUGGCCCGCCGGCUGCUUCUGCUGUGCGGCCAUCACCUGCAGAGCUACCUGCAGGCCGUACGGGGCCGUGGGCUGCUGUGGCAGGAGUACCGUCGGGUCGCAGGCCUGCACCCGGCCCUCUGCAGCCCAGCGGCUGAGGUGAGCUAUGCCCGUGCCUCUGUGGAGCUGCUGCUGCGGGCUUUGGUGCCUCGGCCCCACCUGGAGACACGGACGGGUCACUUCGUGGUGGUGGAGCUGGUGGCCUGCAACGUGCUGCUGCCUGCCAUCAGGAAGAUGGCCGACCCUGAUUGGAUCAACCUGCUGCUGGUUGGGGCCUUCCCCAGGAAGGCACAGACUGAGGAGCCCAGCCCUGCAGUUCCAGUGCCGGACUCUCUGCCCCUCACAGCUCAGCUGGAUGCUGCCCCAGCAGUACCACUUCUAUCCCCGUCACCUGGGCGAGAAGCAGGGGCUGGUGGUGAGGAUGGUGUGGAUGUGCCAAGUGAGCUGCCCCGCAGUGAGGGGGUUGUCCUGAGGCCACGAGGCCUGGGCUUGCUGUUUCCUUAUGAGGGUUUGGAGCUGGAUUCUCCAGGCCAGGAUGUGGAGCUGCUGGCACCAUCACCUGCUGGGGAGUUUCUUGAUGAGCCUCUUCCUGAUGUUCCUGCUCUGCUGGAGGGAGCAGACACUUCAGAGGAUGGGAUGGGGGAUCUGGAGGAUGGCCAUACCACCAGCAGUGAUGCUGGACUGCUACUCCCCUCUGCUUAUGUUCUGGGCUCCUGCCCUGAUAUCCAGAUUGAUCCAGUGAUGGAGACAGAGGAGGACAGUCCCAAGAAGUGCUCUGUGCAACGGCCCUGCAGCUUGGGGAAAGAACUGGGAACACCAGAGGCCCUACCACAAAGCCCAUCAGACCCUGUUCAGCCCCUUCCCCUGCUCUCAUCCUCCCCGACUGCUCCCAUCAGCACCUUCAGUUUUGAGCCCCUCAGCAGCCCCGACGGACCAGUGGUCAUUCAGAACCUGCGCAUAACUGGCACCAUCACUGCCCGUGAGCACAGUGGGACUGGCUUCCACCCCUACACCUUGUACACCAUCAAGUAUGAGACAGCCCUGGAGGGUGAGGUUGCAGGCAGCCUUCAGCAGAUGGCCUACCACACUGUGAACCGCCGCUACCGGGAGUUCCUCAACCUGCAGACCAGGCUGGAGGAGAAACCGGAGCUCCGCAAGUUCCUGAAAAAUAUCAAAGGACCAAAGAAACUGUUCCCUGAUCUCCCAUUUGGAAAUAUGGACAGCGAUAAAGUGGAAGCCAGAAAAAGUCUGCUGGAAUCUUUCUUGAAGCAAUUGUGUGCAGUCCCUGAGAUUGCAAACAGUGAGGAGGUGCAGGAGUUCCUUGCUCUGAACACCGACGCCAGGAUUGCAUUUGUCAAGAAGCCCUUCGUUGUCUCCAGGAUAGACAAGAUUGUUGUAAAUGCCAUUGUGGAUACCCUGAAGACAGCAUUCCCCAGGUCAGAGCCCCAGAGCCCCACAGAGGAUCUGAGUGAGUCUGAAGUGGAUGGGAAAUAUCAGCCAGAUGGAAAGAAGUCAAACAAGUCCAGGCUGAGGUUCCCAUCCAGCAAAAUCACUCCAGUGCUGAGUGUGAGUGAAGCACACGACAGGAUUGUGUACUCCGUGAGGGAGGGCAGCACUGUCUCUGGCACCCUGUCACUGGCUGCUAUGGAGUCCUUCAUCCAGAAGCAGGAGAAGCUGCUGGAAGCAGUCCCCAGCAAAGCUCCUGAUGGCGAGGGAAGCGAAGAAGCCAAGGAAAAAUCUGUGCAGGAGGAUACAGAUGGGCUGAACACGUUGGAGCAGGAAGCACAUCUGGACACGGACUCUGAGACUGCUUUGGCUGACCUGGCCCUGGACAUGCUGCGUUUGCUGCUGAUGGAUCACUGGAGCUGGCUGGGCAUGGAGAAUAUCCAGAAGGCCUUCCACCUGCUCUUUGGAACCCUCAUUCAAAGGUGGCUGGAAGUCCAGGUGGUCAACCUGACCUGCACCCAGCGCUGGGUGCAGUACCUCCAGCUGCUGCAGGAGUCCAUCUGGCCUGGAGGAGUUCUACCAGAAGUGCCCAAACCAGCCAGGACAGAGGAACAGAAGAAAGCAGCUGCAGAGCAGGCCCUGCAGAGCCUGAUGGGGAUCUUGCCUAAUGUGGUUCAAGAAAUCCUUGGAACUGAUAAAUGUCGCAUGAGCUGGAGCCUGGUGCUGGAGUCCUUGGGCCAUCCUGUUAUAAACAGGCACCUGGUUUUCUGCCUCUUGGACAUUCUGCUGGAGUUCUUGGUUCUGAAAGGCUCCAGUGAUGAGCUGGAGACUGCAACUCUCAUGCCAUCUGACUCUAGUGGUCUGGAGGAAGCAGGUGGUGCAGCACAUUAACAAGGGCUGGUGUAGCCAGCAGUGAAGGAGAGAAGCUGCAGGCAUAGGAUGAUUUAAUUUUUGAUGCUUACUGGACAUAUCUGGCAGCUUCUUGUUAAGAAUUCUUCCAGCUGUAACUAAAUGAGGCUGCUUCCAGGCUUCUCUGUUUCAUCUGGGUGAUGAUUAGACCCAGUGUCAUUGGCUGAUGAGCUCUUUCUGCCAUGUAGAAUCUGUUCCAUUGCUGAUCUGGUGGAGAGCCUGGGCUGAAGCUUCCUGACUUCUGUGUGGCUGGAUGGUCUGAGAAGGAUGUGCAGGCUGCCUGCAGAUGCUGCUGGGAUGUCAUGUCCUGCCCUAUGUGCCUGACCAGUCCUAAUGUAUAAAGGCAGAUGGCACACAAGCUUUGCUUCUGUGACUUCAAGCUCCACCUGGCACUGGCAUGCGGAGAUGUGAUGGUAUCUAGCUGACAGGUGAUGGGAA